AUGGCGGCGACAGCUUCGAACGAUCUCGGCCUUGCGCGCCUUCUGCAGCAACGCCUGCGGUCCUUUGGUGAUAAUAUCGCCAUUGAGCAAGGGCAAAAUACAGUGACAUUCAAUGAGGUACACCAAAGAGCAUUAUCCGUAUGCAAGGCAAUACGUACGCUCGUGUUGGAAAACGAGCAACCGGUUCCAAUUCUCGCCACGCGAGGCAUCCACCAUGUUGUCUGUCAAGUUGCAGCCAUAUAUGCCGGUGGCACCUGUGUGCCGGUGGACGUUGACCUUCCUGACACACAUAUUGAAUCUCUUCUACAACACAUCGGAGCUUCUACUGUUUUGACAGAUACUGAGAACUCGCACCGCUGUCCCUCCCUUCAACAUAUACUUGUGAACAGUUCCAUACCUCAAACAAACGGCGUUGUUGCACAAGCCAUCGAGAUAUCUGAUAAUGGCCCGACAUCCUGCUGCCAUAUCUUCUUCACUUCCGGCUCAACAGGGAAUCCCAAAGCCGUCCAGGUUCUAGCCAAAGGGAUCAUCAAUCUCGUCUUCAACGACACCUUCCAGCCUAUAUCCCGAGGCAGCCGAGUCGGCCACGUCUGCAACAUCGGAUUCGAUGUCUCGCUGUGGGAAAUCUGGUCCUCCCUCUUACACGGCGCAGUUCUCAUAACGUUCAAUCGGCAUGAAAUACUCGAUCCGCCAGACUUUGCACAGAAGCUCAUUCAGGACAGGGUCGAUGUACUCUGGCAGACAACGUCCCUUUUGGCAACCAUCGCCCAUAUUUGUCCUUCCGCGUACGCACCGCUUGAUACACUGUUGACAGGAGGCGAGGCAAUAAAUAUCCAGACGAUGCGAACUAUAUUCAGCAAUGGGCCGCCUCGGCGCUUGUUCAACGUAUAUGGGCCAACUGAGCUUUCGGUCCUUGCGACGUACCAUGAGGUCUCCCCUGAAGACGUCCAAAAGGGGAAUAUACCGAUCGGAAGGCCGCUGGCGGGAUAUAAGGCGUUUAUCGUCGACGAGAACCUCAAUCUACUUCCUGAUGGGGAGGUUGGGGAGCUUGUCGUUGGUGGCACAGGCGUUGCUGCCGGCUACAUAGGCAACCCAGGAAAGACAGCAUUGGCUUUCUUUAACGCUCCUCAUCUUUACAGAGAAGGCUUGCUCUAUCGGACCGGCGACCUUGUUUUGAGGAAUAAAGCCGGGCUACUGGAGUAUCUUGGCCGGCGAGACAAUGAGGUCAAGAUCCGCGGGCAGAGGGUUGACCUCGAGUCGAUUGAGCGCUGUCUGCUGCAAACAGAUCUGGUAUCCACGGCUGUUGCACUGAAGGUCGCAGAGAGCGCAGGUGGCUCGACAUUACUAGUAGCAUAUGUUGUGCCGUCGGCAUCAGAUAUCAGUCCUGCCCUGGUUAAGGAGGAGUACGCUCGCCUCUUUCCACACUUGAUGAUGCCGAGACUUCAGGCUGUAGAUGCCAUCGCCCUGACGCCCAGUGGCAAGGUUGAUCGCAAACGGCUGGUCUGCGAAUUCGAACAAGAGCUGCAGAAUUACUCCUCUCUGUGCGAAUCUCGAAAGUCGACCAGCAUUCAAGACCGCUUGCAAGACCUCUGGGGCGGAGUGUUAAAGCUUCCCACCGAUGGCCUCAGAGGGGAAGAUGACUUUUUUGCCAUCGGUGGGACGUCACUGCAUGCGGCACGUCUGAUUUUUCGAAUCAACGAGUCGUUCCAUAUAUCCCUCCGUGUAGCGGCCCUUUUCGAGUCUCCGACUCUCUCAGAGAUGUGCGACGAGGUCAAGCAGGCGAAAUGCGGCGGACAGCCUGAUAAUGUCAUGGAGACUCCGUUAUGGGUCCAGGAUAUGGCCCUCGGGGGUGAUUUGAAGAGGCUGAAUGGCUCUGUGCCUGACUGGAGGAGCAGAACAGAGGGCCAUGUCUUCCUGACCGGGGCAACGGGCUUCGUUGGCUCCUUCAUGCUCGUGGAUCUGCUAGCCCAUCCCCAGGUGCAAACUGUGGCAUGUCUUGUCCGCGCUGAAAAUGAAGCAAGGGCUUUCCUACGGAUACAGAAUGCACUAAAGCGCUUUGGUCUUGCUAUUCAGCCGGAGGUGGCGGGCAAGAUCAUAGCCAUUCCUGGCGAUUUGGCCCACGACGAGCUUGGUCUUGAUCAGGAGCAAUAUCAGCGCUGGGCCAGAUGGUCCAGUGUGGUCUUCCACCUCGCAGCCCAUGUGAAUUUCGUUCAGCCGUACCCAAGUCACCGCGCCGUGAACGUGCUAGGAACCAUAAAUAUGAUCCGUUUCUCACAGGAAGGCAGGCAGAAGGCACUGCAUUAUACGUCAAGCAUCAGUGCAUAUGGGCCUACCGGACUAGUCAAUCAGUCGCGAUAUUUGACGGAGAAUGAGCGCCCAGAGCUGCAUAAGAACGCUCUUGAAUUCGACACAGGUUACGCUCAAAGCCAGUUCACUGCUGAGACUGUUCUCUGGAACGCAAUCGAUAUAGGAAUCCCUAUUGCUAUCCAUCGGUUAGGACUGGUCCUGGGCCAUAGCAAAACGGGAAGAAUGAAUUCUGACGACUUUGUCAGUAGGCUGGUAACAGCCUGUAUCCAGACGGGCGUCUAUCCAUCACUACCAAGACACCGAGAGGAAAUUGUUCCUGUCGACUUUGUUGUCUCGAGUAUACUGCAGAUAUCCUCCGACUCGCAAAAUCUGGGCCAGGCAUAUAACAUCGUCCAGCCCCAGCAAGAUUCAAUGAGUCUACAUUCACUAUUCCAUUUGGUGAAUCAACAAUAUACAGGCCGGUCCCUGAGGGGGGUGCCCUAUAUGGAAUGGGUGGCUACCCUUUCAGAGACAUCGAAUCAUCCUCUAUCCUCACUUAUUCCGAUGCUAAAGGACAAAGUCUGGAAUGACCACUCGCAGUGGCAGAUGCAGCAAGAUAUGCCGAUAUUUAGGACCGACAAUCUUCAACUUGCCCUAUCCAAUACUCCUGAUAGCUUUCGCUGUCCGUCGCCUCGCACCCUUGUCCAACUUUAUAUUCCCCAGUGGGUUAAACACGUCCCUAGUGUCAAGAAUAUUCAUCGAUAG